AUAUGCCCAAGGCUUUUCUACCCAAUGAUCCUCUUGCAACACGCCGGGCUUCCUCCACCUAAGCAGCCUUCAUCCUCUCCUCCUAUGUCAGUGGCUACCAGGUCCACAGGAACCUUGCAGCUGCCACCACAGAAGCCUUUUGGGCAGGAGGCUUCCUUGCCUCUUGUGGGCGAAGAAGAGUUAUCUAAGGGAGGGGAGCAAGAUUCUGCCCUGGAGGAGCUAUGUAAGCCCCUGUACUGCAAGCUCUGCAAUGUCACCUUGAACUCAGCUCAGCAAGCCCAGGCUCAUUAUCAGGGUAAAAAUCAUGGUAAGAAACUCCGAAAUUACUAUGCAGCGAAUAGCUGUCCUCCUCCUGCCAGAAUGAGCAAUGCAGUGGAGCCCACAGCUACUCCGGUUGUUUCAGUCACUCCACAGCUGGGCUCCUGUAAGCCGGGAGGCAGAGUGAUCCUGGCCACAGAGAAUGAUUACUGUAAGCUCUGUGAUGCCUCCUUUAGUUCUCCAGCUGUGGCCCAGGCUCACUAUCAAGGGAAGAAUCAUGCCAAACGGCUGCGGCUGGCAGAAGCUCAGAGUAACUCAUUCUCGGACUCCUCAGAUGUGGGUCAGCGGAGGACCCGGAAAGAAGGGAAUGAAUAUAAGAUGAUGCCUAAUAGGAGAAAUAUGUACGCAGUACAGAAUAAUUCAGGUCCUUACUUCAAUCCCCGAUCUCGGCAGAGAAUUCCACGGGAUCUGGCCAUGUGUGUUACCCCCAGUGGUCAGUUUUACUGCUCAAUGUGUAAUGUGGGAGCUGGCGAAGAGAUGGAAUUUCGGCAGCAUUUAGAGAGCAAGCAACAUAAAAGCAAGGUGUCUGAACAACGGUACAGGAAUGAGAUGGAGAAUCUGGGCUAUGUACAGUGA